AUGUGGCCGUGGUUGACGAAGAUUGCGUCCGCGUGCUUGGGCCCGGUCCGGAGGUGCGCGCGUACGAGGAAGGAUGAGGACGGCGGCGGCAGCGAUAACGGCCGCGGCGUCGCCGACGACCUGCUGUGGUCGCGGGACCUCGGGCGCCACGCGGCGGGUGAGUUCUCGUUUGCCGUCGUGCAGGCCAACGAGGCGUUGGAGGACCACAGCCAAGUAGAGACAGGCUCUGCCGCAACAUUCGUGGGCGUCUACGACGGUCACGGCGGCGCUGAGGCCUCCCGCUUCAUAUCUGACCACCUCUUCGCACACCUCAUCCGACUUGCUCAGGAAAAUGGAACAAUAUCUGAGGAUGUAGUUCGGAGUGCGGUUUCUGCUACUGAGGAAGGCUUCUUGACACUUGUGCGGAGAACAUGUUUUAUAAAGCCUUUGAUUGCUGCGGUUGGAUCCUGCUGUCUAGUUGGUGUCAUAUGGAGAGGGACACUGUAUGUGGCUAAUCUAGGUGAUUCCAGGGCUGUAAUUGGCUGUCUAGGUACAUCAAACAAGAUCGUGGCUGAACCACUCACAAGAGAUCAUAAUGCAAGUAUGGAGGAGGUCAGGCAGGAACUUAUAUCCCGUCAUCCAGAUGAUUCUCAAAUUGUUGUUCUCAAGCAUGGUGUUUGGCGCAUCAAGGGCAUAAUUCAGGUUUCAAGGACAAUUGGGGAUGCUUACUUGAAGAGGCGAGAAUUUGCUCUUGAUCCCUCUAUUACUCGUUUCCGCCUUUCGGAGCCUCUCCGCCGGCCUGUUCUUACAGCAGAGCCAUCUAUCUGUACAAGGGUGCUUAAUCCACAAGAUAAAUUUAUUAUUUUUGCAUCUGAUGGUCUUUGGGAGCAGUUGACAAAUCAACAGGCCGUUGAAAUUGCCCACAGCAAUCCACGAAGAGGAAUCGCAAAGAGACUGGUAAGGGCAGCAUUGAAACAAGCUGCGCAGAAGAGGGAAAUGAGGUAUGAUGACCUCAGGAAAGUUGAAAAGGGAGUUCGCCGCUUCUUCCACGAUGACAUUACAGUAGUUGUUGUUUACAUAGAACAUGGAUUACUGCAAGAGAGGGAUACUUCUGUGCCAGAACUUUCAGUCCGUGGUUUUGUUGAUUCAGUUGGCCCCUCAAGUUUCUCAGGGAUAACCGCCAUAUCAUCUCACAACUAA